AUGUUUCCAGAAAGUAAACAUGCUAUUUCAUCAUUCCCAUUUUUUAAUGAUGAUGAUGAACUGGCCAUGGCAAUGAAAUAUUAUCUACAAAUGGAUGUCGAUAUGUUCUAUAUGAAAAUCUCUCCAUUAAUAACAAUUGAAUAUAAUUUCUCUGAUCAAGAUCUUUUUUUUCAAAAUGAAUAUCAACAGCCUGUUGUAUCGUAUACACUUCAACAUUGUAAACAAAUCAAUUGUUAUUUAUGUCAAUUAUCUUCAUUCUUAUCAGGUUCAAUGAUUCAAUUUGAUUCGUAUAUGAAACAUUGUUUUGCUAAUCAAUAUCAAUCUAUAUUAAAUGGUCCAGCAACCUGUCAAACAAUGAAUAUUAUCUAUGUUUUUACAUGUCCAUGCAAGAAAUAUGAAUUUAUCGGUUCUACAAGUCAAGGUGUAGUUGAUGUAAUACAUUAUUAUCGACGAUCAUUAAAUGUAUAUUUACAUGAAUAUUUUUUUGGUUUAUAUAAUCAAACUUCAGCAACAACAACCUCAUCAUCAUCAUCAUCAUCAUCAUCAUUAUCAAAUACUAAAUUAUUUAGUUCUGUCUGUGACCAAUUACUAUAUGAGCAUGCGAUUAAAUGUCCUGCUAUUUGGCAAGUUUUUCUACAAUAUAAUCCAGAUUAUACUUGUUUUAUUCCUUCGUUCAUACUACAAAAACCGAUCUAUGGUAAUUUGAUCACGAUGGAUAAUCAAUUGAAAAUGUCGAAAUCAUCAAAUGAAAUAUCAAAUCUUAAUGAAACAAUAUCAUUGACCACAACAACAAUUGUCAUGAAAUCAGAACAACAACAGCAACAACAACAACAACAUGAAAAGCAACAUGAAUUCUAUCAGCAAUGUUCUUUAAAACAAAAAGUUACUUUACAUACACCCGAUCUUUAUCGUUUCUCUCUCAUAGCCAUUCUUCCAGAGUCUGCUUCAAGUCUAGUGCGUACUCUCAUUCAAGGUCUUUUUAUUCUACAUACAGAAGCAAAAUUAAAUGAAUGA